UCUCAAGUGAUACAUUGCAACGUAGCAUGCCGGACGCGAAAACGAUGAUGGAGGCUGUGCCGCUGUACAACAAUCAGCACAUGCUGAACUUUGAUUGGGAUGUGGUCACAACGGCAUUCUUGAAGAAGUUUCCCGAUGCCAAUUUGAAAUAUGUGAAGUCGGUGGAAACUGUCAACAGGCAUGUGUGUCCAGAGAAGCAGACCAUGGACCUUCGGAGGGUCUUCUAUUGCAUGUACCCCAUUCCCAAGUUGGCCGAACGGCUUUUGGGGAAGAGAACCAUCGCGAUCUGUGUGGAGGAGGCGCAUUGGGACCUGGCGAGGCGGAGGCUGACGGUGCGCGGCCGAAAUGAGACGGGUCAAAGCGUCUUGCGCAUCGACGAGGUGUGUUGCUAUACGGAGGUUGCCCCUGGAAAGACUUUGUACACACAAUCUGCCACGGUGAAGUACAAGAAGGGGCUUCUGAGUGGCUUGCUCAAACCAGUAGCCGCAGAGAUCUUGUCUGGAAUUUGCCAGAGGAAUGCUCACAGUGGCCUGUCAGCCAUGAUUGCAGGCUGUGAACGUGAAUGUGACCAGGUGGGAGGUGUUGGAAGCUCCUGAGCAUCAUCGAGCAACGAACGAGGAACGCCGCGUGGCAAGAGGUGGCGGACUUCAGCGACACACGGUCUGCACAAAGGUCGAACACAUCGUGAAGCGAUGGGACGCGGCACAGGACCUGACGUUGUCGCCGUUCGACGUCCAAAGGGCGACCUCACGGUUGAGUGACCAGACCAAAAGCAGAUGGUGCGGGAAAAGGAC